AUGCCAGUGCAGAGUGCAACUACGCCCGUACAAAGUACCACUACGCCCAUAAUACCGUUGAUCACUCCAGAGCAGAGCGCUGCAAUCACCCAGGAUAACGGCUCGACAGAAACAUCGGUACCUAUGGUAGCUGGUCCGUCGGCUGACCGCAAUGUUGAGUCCAGCAAGUAUUACUGGCCUGACCUGUUAAAGGAAGACAUACCUAAUGCGCGUAUCUUCACAUUUGGAUAUGAUGCAGACGUUAUUAGCAUCACGGGUGGCGUCUCCAUGGAUCGCCUUGCAGUACAUGCAAGCAAUCUAGUAGGAGAACUGCACAGAGUGAGGAAAACUGAGAUCCAAAAAGCCCGCAAGAUCAUCUUCAUUGCACAUAGUCUGGGCGGAUUAGUCGUCAAGCGCGCUAUACAGGAUUCAGCUGAUAGUUCCGUUGCGAAGCUGCGACGGGUUGAAGAAGCGACAGCUGGCAUCGUGUUUUUGGGCACACCCCAUAGCGGCAGCGACCUCGCACCUUUUGCCACGGCAAUUGGGAGUCUUCUCAAAUUCUUUCGGAAGCGCGUGAAUGACGACCUUCUCAGCGUUCUGCAACGAGACUCCCCGGUUCUUCUCGACCUAGAGAAGUGGUUUGGACAGUAA